AGAGUGUAUAUAUAUAUACUGAUCCGCAUGCAUUAUCAAGCGUAUAAAACAAUCCAGCUGCGCCAUGACUCUUGAGGUUCGCCCUUUCUCAGUCUCUUGUUGUACUUUCUGAUGGAACCCCGAAUUAAACCUCAAAUUUACAACCUUACUUUCACGCGAUCUUCCUUAGUAGAGAGAGAACAAGAAACCUAAUAGAAAAAUGUCAGGACCCUCUUUAUUCUUUCCUUACACCAAAACUUGAUGAUCUCUGUUUAUUUCUUCGCGCUCCUUUUAUAUGUAAAUAGUGAUUAUAAGAUGGGGGAUUAUAUCAGCAGUGACGAUGAUUAUUAUCAAGAUUAUGAUGAUGAUAACUAUGGUGAUUCUAUUGACGGCUUACAAUCUGACAGCGAGAUAGUCGCAGUUAACACUAGUCCUUCUUCUAAGAUAAUCACCAGAGAAUCUCUCUUGGCUGCACAGAGAGAGGAUAUUUGUAGAGUAAUGGACCUUUUGUCGCUGAAGGAGUACCAGGCACGGAGCUUACUUAUUUAUCAUCGUUGGGAUGUUGAUAGGGUGCUUCAGUUGUUCAUAGAAAAUGGGAAAGAUAAAUUGUAUGCUGAAGCUGGUGUUACAAUCAUAGACCAUAAUGAUGACUUUUUUUUGUCCCAAUUUUCAUCUGUGGUUGAGUGCACUAUUUGCUUCGACGAUGUAUCUGCUAGUGAGGUGACUGCCAUGGACUGUGGUCACUUCUUUUGCAACAUUUGUUGGACUCAACACUUUAUUGUGAAGAUAAAUGAGGGCCAGAGCAGACGCGUUAGGUGCAUGGAACCUAAGUGCAAUGCUGUAUGUGAUGAUGCAAAAAUUAGACGAUUAGUAUAUGCAAACAAUCCUAUUCUUGCAGAAAAGUUUGAUCGUUUUCUUUCUGAGUCAUAUAUUGAGGACAAUAAAAAAGUUAAAUGGUGUCCCAGUGUUCCCCAUUGCGGAAAUGCAAUACGAGUCGAGGAUGAUGAACCUUGUGAGGUUGAAUGUGCAUGUGGCAAACAGUUUUGCUUUAGUUGCUUGUCUGAUAUACACUCACCUUGUUCUUGUAUAAUGUGGGAACUUUGGUCCAAGAAAUGCCGGGAUGAUUCAGCGACAGUCAAUUGGAUCACAGUCCAUGCAAAGCCUUGCCCAAAAUGCCACAAAUCAAUAGAAAAGAGUGGGGGAUGCAACCUAGUCAGCUGUGUUUGUGGACAAGCAUUUUGUUGGCUAUGUGGUAGUGCCACUGGAAGAGAUCAUACUUGGACAACUAUAGCUAACCACAGCUGUGGUCGAUAUAAAGAAGACCGUGUCAAGAAAACUGAGCUUGCAAAGCGGUAUCUUGACCGAUAUAUUCACUACCAUAACAGGUACCAGGCACAUUUAGAGUCUUUGAAGCUUGAAUCUAAACUUAAGGAAAUCAUAGAGGAAAAGAUUGCCAUAUUGGAACAGAGGGAAUCAAAAUCCAAAGAUUUCAGUUGGAUAAUGAAUGGACUGUGCAUACUUUUCAGAUCAAGGCAAAUUCUUUCAGUUACUUAUGCAUUUGCUUAUUACAUGUUUGGUGAUGAGUUCCACAAUAAUGAGAUGACAGACAAGGAAAAGGAAAUUAAGAAGAAUUUGUUUGAGAACCAACAGCAGCAGUUUGAGGGAAAUAUUGAGAAGCUCUCCUUGUUUCUAGAUGAGCAGUUUGACAAGUAUGAAGAGGAUGAAAUAGUGGACUUGAGAAUGCGGAUAAUCGCUGUUUCUGGGUCCACUGAUAAUCUCUGCCGAAAUUUGUAUGACCGUAUUGAGAAUGAUUUAUUGGGCUCCAUAAAUGGGGCAUUCCAUAGGAUAGCUCCUUACAAGUCAAGAAAUGUGCUCAGAAGUUCCUAUACGUGAAGUGCCAUACUAUUGUGUGAAAGAACUCCCCCUUAAAUGAUUAGCAUUUAUUGAAUGUUUUACUGAAACUUGGAAGGUUAUCUUCAGACAGAAAAACUGCUGAUUCAUAUGUAGAUACAAUGAUUGAGGACCUACAUCCAGCUUCUAGGGGAUGGUAAAUGUUCAUAUUCAGAGAAAUACGCUACAGGAACUCUUUGAGAUAGCUUCAUUGAUUGGUCUAAUAAAGGGAUUCAUAAGUGAGCUUUAACAUGCCCAACUUAACUUCUUUCUUUUCUUUAUCUAAAGUUAGAUUGCUGUUGCCAUAGGAAUUUGCUUUCCAUCUUUCCACAACCCUUCUCAAAUUUCAAGGAAAAUAAAACGCAGAUAGAAAGAAACUUUCUUUUUAUUCUUCUGAUUCUGAUUUCUUAGAAAGAAAAUAUACAAUUAAGUAGCAUUUUUAUUGCUUAUAGCUGACAGUCCUUAAUGGCCUGUUUAGCAGACGUAGGUUUUUAUAAGAUUGAGACCUAGAAAGAAUGGAGUACUAUAGAUUUAUGUUUUGUUCUUAUGAAGACUUUAUUGUACAUGUCCCUUCUUACAUUAUGUAAAUAGGACAUUUACAUAUCAAGGAAAUAAUUCACUUUGCUCUUGUGUUCA